AUGAUGAUGAUGAUGAUCUUUAGAAGACGUGAGGAAAAACUUGUCGUCGCUCCAGAAGACGUGAUGGAAAAGGAGAGAGAAAAAUGGGACGACAAGUUCUAUUAUGAAUAUGGAUAUUUCGAUGGGAUGUGUUUGAGCAGGAGAAGAAGAAGAAGAAGAGCACAGCUACACACGUAUAAAAGGAAAUUGGAGAAGUGUCAGAGGAAUUGA